AUUCUGGCAAGGUGAAGAGCUGGUCUGUUUGGCAGGACCUUCCCAUCUGGGAUCCAUCUGUGUUUCCCUGGAAUAGGACAGGCAGCUCUAGUCAGUGAGAAAUCGCAGAUGUGAGAGAGCUGACACAUGUCCAGCUAAUGAAAGAAGGAAGAAGGCUGGUCUCGGAUUGGGCUUUGAAGAUCAGAAAAAGAGAAGCUUUUUAAUAUUUAUCUGAAAUAAUAUUGGGUAUACUAAAUCUGGAUGGUAUAAUUGGCAUUUGGGUUGGUCCUGAGAAAAGGGUGCCAGCAAUGCCUGGAUCGCCUGUGGAAGUGAAGAUACAGUCAAGAUCCUCACCUCCCACCAUGCCACCCCUUCCACCUAUAAAUCCUGGAGGACCACGACCAGUGUCAUUUACUCCUACAGCAUUAAGCAACGGCAUUAGUCAUUCUCCUCCUACCCUGAAUGGUGCCCCAUCACCUCCACAGAGAUUCAGCAGUGGUCCUGCCUCUUCCACGUCAUCUGCACUAACAAAUCAACAAUUGCCAGCCACUUGUGGCGCUCGGCAGCUCAGCAAGUUAAAACGGUUCCUCACCACUCUGCAGCAGUUUGGCAAUGACAUCUCACCUGAAAUUGGGGAGAAGGUGCGGACUCUUGUUCUUGCAUUGGUGAACUCAACAGUGACAAUUGAAGAAUUCCACUGUAAGCUCCAAGAGGCUACAAACUUUCCUCUUCGUCCUUUUGUGAUUCCAUUCCUUAAGGCCAACCUUCCUCUGCUGCAGCGAGAAUUGCUGCACUGUGCUCGGGCUGCCAAGCAGACCCCCUCCCAGUACCUGGCCCAGCAUGAACACCUUCUGCUCAAUACAAGUAUUGCUUCACCUGCUGACUCGUCUGAACUGCUCAUGGAAGUACAUGGAAAUGGAAAGAGGCCCAGUCCAGAGAGAAGAGAAGAGAAUAGUUUUGAAAGAGAUACAGUGCCUCCUGAGCCUCCUGCCAAGAGAGUGUGUACCAUCAGCCCUGCUCCUCGACACAGUCCUGCCCUCACUGUACCCAUCAUGAAUCCAGGGGGACAGUUUCAUCCUACUCCUCCACCUCUUCAGCACUAUACCUUAGAAGAUAUCGCAACUUCCCACCUGUAUCGUGAACCCAAUAAGAUGCUAGAGCAUCGAGAAGUUCGUGAUAGGCACCACAAUCUUAGUCUGAAUGGAGGCUAUCAAGAUGAGUUGGUAGACCACCGUUUGACAGAAAGGGAAUGGGCUGAUGAGUGGAAACAUCUUGAUCAUGCCCUGAAUUGCAUUAUGGAAAUGGUAGAGAAGACUAGGCGUUCCAUGGCAGUUCUCAGGCGCUGCCAAGAAUCUGAUCGUGAAGAACUCAAUUACUGGAAAAGACGAUACAGUGAAAACACAGAGAUGAGAAAAACGGGGGGCGAGUUGGUCUCUAGGCAGCAUAGUCCUGGGAAUGCAGAUUCUCUCAGCAAUGAUUCUCAGCGAGAAUUCAACAGCAGACCAGGAACAGGAUAUGUACCUGUGGAGUUUUGGAAGAAAACUGAAGAAGCUGUGAACAAGGUGAAAAUUCAGGCCAUGUCAGAAGUCCAGAAAGCUGUUGCUGAAGCAGAGCAAAAGGCAUUUGAAGUCAUUGCAACAGAGAGAGCUCGAAUGGAGCAGACCAUAGCAGAUGUCAAACGGCAGGCUGCAGAAGAUGCCUUCCUUGUCAUAAAUGAGCAAGAAGAGUCAACAGAGAAUUGCUGGAACUGUGGCCGAAAAGCCAGCGAAACUUGCAGUGGCUGCAAUAUUGCAAGAUACUGUGGUUCUUUCUGCCAGCACAAGGACUGGGAGCGGCACCACCGUCUUUGUGGCCAGAACCUACACAGCCAGAGUCCCCACAGCCAGAGCCGGCCACUGCUUCCUGGAGGGAGGGGCUCUUCCGCGAGGUCCGCUGACUGCAGUGUGCCAAGUCCGGCCCUGGACAAGACGUCUGCUACCACCUCGCGCUCCUCGACACCUGCCUCUGUGACAGCCAUUGAUACCAAUGGACUCUGAGCCCCAGACUCUGAUGACCCCACAGUGCAGCAGUUCACCGCGAGGGGCUGGCUGUUAGAACCAGUACAGAUAGUUAUUGGGUCGUUAACAGGAAGUGAAGUGGAAGCUGUGAGAGUGCAAAUCUAGCAGACUCUCCUCCACAGCCUCUCCAUACACUUGCCCGGGUUACUCUCUAUGUCCUUGGGUGAACUAGUGUGCCAUUCUCUGCAGAGGAGCCCAGCGGGAGCUGCUUUAUCUGUAGCUUCCUGGUUUUUUCCUCCCCCAGCUGAAACUGGUAUGGCCCUCUCUCCCUCUCCCUAAGUGGAGAUCGCAGCUCCCCUCCCUGCCUCUGAAAGCAGCAGACUAUCAG